AUGUGUUAUACAUUGUUGAUGGGGAAGUUAGGCGAAAAAGAUGUGGCUGGUUACCGACAGAUAGACCAUUCCAAAGCUCCAACCACCCCUGACAAUGAUGGAGGCGAGAGGGACACACACUGGAUCAAGUCGCUGAACAUAGGGACACAGAUGUUCAUUGUACUGACAUAUACAUGUGAAGAUACAACAACAUUUGAGAUGAUCAAACAGGAUUUUGAGGACGAACUUCAGGAGACUGUUGGCAGUGAGGGCGUACUGGACGACGCAAAUAUUGAAAUCCUGCGACCGAUUCUGAGCAAAAUUGACGUCAAAAUAAAAAACAAAAAAUUGGGUUAUAAAAACUGUUAUGUAAAUAUUAAAACAUUCAGUCACCAAGAAUUGUGCUUAAAAACUGUCACAAGCUUGAUUGAAACAUUAACUGCCUUCAAAGAUCAAUGUAGCGUCUUGGAAAAGAUCACACAUUCGAACGUAAAGUUUCGUAAACUUUUAAGUCAAGAAGCAGAAAUUGAAUACGACAACCAAACAUCUGAUAAUUCCCAGCAGACAAGAUUUCAACAAGAUAAACUACUAACAUAUAUUAGUGCGGGAAUUGAAUCAUUUUAUAAGGAGAAAAUCGAGAUAUCGGGUGAUGGUCAACAAAGGGUCAUGUGUCCUACGCUGCUGGCUCAACUCAAUAUUGGCAGCAAACAGAACCUCACCUCACGCCUAUAUGAUGUUUUCAUUGAUUGUAUUGGAAUAGAUGCACUUAUAAAGGAAUUAGAAGUCAAAUGCAAGAAAUCCCUUGAAAACCAACUGCAGAGAAACAAAGAGUUCAUCGGCCGAGUUCGUAUGGAUGUGCAGAAAAUAAACAAGUAUAUCUGCGAGGCGGACUUGUUAACAGAUUACUCAAAUGCUGACAAGAUUCUCACCCUUACUAGAUUAAACCCUUUGAAGAAUUUAUCAGAUUAUGUUAAGGACGUGACCACCAAGAUACCCCCUGGCGUUCCCCUCAAGCUUUUACUGGUUGGAAAAACAGGGCAAGGAAAGAGCACUUGCGGCAACACCAUCUUGAGAAAAGACGCUGUCUUCAAACGGUCCUCUUCCACCCACUCUGAGACUUCCGAGUCUUCAAAACAGUCCGAGAUUAUUGAUGGCCGUCUGAUAACUGUUGUUGAUACCCCUGGGGUGUACGAUACUACCCUCGACUCAAGAGAUAUGUCUUCGAUCGCGCAUGCUGUUCGGGUAAUCAGCCAAGGGAUUACUUUAUGCGGUGUCGGGUUUGAUGCGAUUAUUUUAGUUAUACGGUAUGGCUCAAGGAUGACAAAGGAAGAGAAAGCCGUCAUAGAAAUGAUGAAAACGGUUUUGGGGGAAAACGUGAUAAAAACACAUAGCAUAUGUUUGUUUACAUUCGGUGAUACUAUUGAAAACGAUAUGACGUUUGAAGCCUGGCUUCGUGGUGAGCAUGACCCCCAAUUUGAAGCGCUGAUCAAAGAAUGUAACUAUCGCUGUGUUAUGUUCGAUAACAGGACUAAAGACAGCGGAACCCGGCUUGAUCAGAUGAGACAACUCAUCGAACACGUUGACAGUAUUAAGGGCGUCCGCUAUACGAGCAGGAUCUUUGAAAUCGCCGAAAAUAAACGGAAAGAGUAUAUUUUAAAGAACCCGUUACUUACUUCCUCGUACCACGAGACGUUGAAUUACAUAGAAUUGGCAAUUGACCUUCUUACGGAAGACAGUCAUGAAAUUCGAGAUGAAUUAAAACUCAUUGAAAACAUCAUACAGAAAACUGAGGACUUAUGCACGGUGCUAGCCAACAACAAGGAUAAACAUUCAGUCGAGUUGAUUCGCAGUCUGGCUAUAGUCCGCGAAGAAAUAAGUCAAUAUUCUAGAAUAGAAAAGCCCACAAAGAUAUACCUAAAAAGUUUUGAUUCAAUUAAAAAGUUAUUGAACACAUUAAGAGACGCGGAAACAGAAAUGGAUAAAAACGUGUAUCCCAUAGUCCGAAGAGAAGUAGAGAAAAACGCGUGCUUUCCCGGAGAAGCCAUCAUUGUUUUAAGCAGCGGUAAACAGGUUGCCAUGAUGAAUCUGAGAGUCGGGGACCGAGUAUUAUCACGUGACAGCUCUGGUCGGCUGGUGUAUGAGGAGGUCUACAUGUUUGGACACCAGGAACACAAUGUUACAUCCCACUUCAUCACCCUUCACACACAAGCACACAGCGUCUCCGUCACGGGGGACCAUUACGUCUUUUGUGUGACCAGAGGUCAAGAGAAAUGUAUCCCCGCUAAACAUCUUCAAGUCGGUGAUAUUCUCCUCCUUGCCUCUCACGAACACCUGAUCCACGUUCCGAUAACUGAAAUCACCGACGCGUAUGAUGUAGGUCUGUAUGCACCUUUCACGCGAAACGGUACCAUAGUAGUCAACUCCACGCUAAUGUCUUGCUACAUACAUUUUCUCUCACACAACAUUUCUCAUCAACUCUUAGCCCCUGUCCGAGCAUUGCAUACCGUUUCCCCUCGCCUUUUAUCUGCGGUAAAUACAUUUCGCGAUGUUCACACCGUCCCACUAUGGGCAAAGUCUUUUAUGGGACUUGCUAGAAAAAUGUUUGCUUGA